CCGCGCCCCGCCCCGUCGGCACCGCUGCCAACGGCCCCCCGCGCCGGGGCGGGGCGCAGCGGGCGGGGCAGCCUCCCCUCGCCCCGCCGGACACUGAGGCAGCGCUCGCCCCUGCUGCUGGCGCCUUGCCCGUCUUGGGCUGCACCCCACUCCCGUCGCCCUCCUACCUCCUGCCCCCGACCCCACCUGCUGCGGAGCCGCCCCGCGAUGCUGCCGCCCAGGAGGCGGCUGGCCGUCUAGACUGGGCUGGGGGCGCGGCGAGCUGUCACCCCCGCCCGGGGCUCGCGGCGGCCAUAAAGGGCCGGGGAAAGGGCGGCGCGGCACUGCGGUACCGGGGCGGCUGUCUGGCGGGUGAAUGCGGCAGAGGAAAGCGGUGGCAUCUGGUGGGGGCGGCUCCUCCCUUCCCUCGCCGCCUCCACCGGCGGCUUCUGACAGAGCCCUUCCAGCCGGCGAGAGUGCCGGUGGCGGGGCCCGGCCCUGCCCUAGCAUGGCUUUCCCUGGGGCGCUAGCCGAGAUGCCCAGACAGUUUCCAAAGCUGAAUAUCUCUGAGGUUGACGAGCAUGUGCGACUUCUAGCAGAGAAGGUAUUUGCUAAAGUUCUCCGAGAAGAAGACAGCAAAGAUGCCUUGUCACUAUUCACUGUGCCUGAAGACUGCCCGAUUGGGCAGAAAGAGGCCAAGGAAAGGGAACUGCAGAAGGAACUGGCAGAACAACAGUCCGUGGAAUCGACCAAAAGGAAGAAAAGUUUCAAGAUGAUUAGAUCCCAGUCUCUGUCAUUACAAAUUCCAUCUCAGGAAUGGAAGUCACCAUCAGCCAACCCUGUUCUGUCUCCUGCAACGCCAGUUCUUCCAAGUGCUUUUCUGCCAGUCCAAGUGCCAUAUGAUGUACCUGAGUUUCAGAGGGUUUCUAUUAGUGGAGACUACUGUGCAGGGGUUACAGUUGAUGAUUAUGAACAAGCUGCCAAGAGCCUGGUGAAAGCUCUUCUCAUUCGAGAGAAGUAUUCACGUCUUGCCUACCAUCGUUUCCCAAGAAUAACAUCUCAGUACUUGUGUAGCAUGCAAAAUGAAAAAUGGAAGGUUGAAGAUGAAGUGUAUCCAGAUUUCCAUUCACCUCCAGAAGAAAAUGAAGAUCCUUACAAUCUCAAUGAUGCUCCAGACAAUUUGGAUUAUAUUAUCAAGAUAAAAGGUGGCAUUCCCUUUGUUUAUGAUAACAAAGAAAUGAUGGAACUCAACGAGCCUCACAGCCUUCCAUAUCCUGACCUGGAGACCUAUACCCUUGACCUGAGCCAUGUUCUUGCUCUAAUUGCAGAUGGUCCAACAAAAACAUAUUGUCAUCGGAGGCUUAACUUUUUAGAAUCUAAAUUCAGUUUACAUGAGAUGUUAAAUGAAAUGUCGGAAUUUAAAGAACUAAAGAGUAAUCCUCACCGAGACUUUUAUAAUGUCAGAAAGGUUGAUACUCAUAUCCAUGCCGCUGCUUGCAUGAAUCAGAAACACUUAUUGAGGUUUAUUAAGCACACAUAUCAAACGGAGCCUGACAGGAUUGUUGCAGAGAAAAAAGGCAAGAAGAUUACUUUAAAGCAAGUUUUUGAAAGCCUUCAUAUGGAUCCUUAUGACCUCACUGUAGACUCUUUAGAUGUCCAUGCAGGUCGUCAAACAUUUCAUCGAUUUGACAAAUUCAAUUCCAAGUACAAUCCAGUUGGUGCCAGUGAGCUGAGGGACUUGUAUUUGAAAACUGAGAACUAUAUUGGUGGUGAAUAUUUUGCACGUAUGGUCAAGGAAGUAGCUCGUGAACUAGAAGAGAGUAAGUACCAGUACACAGAACCUCGCUUAUCCAUUUAUGGGCGGUCUCCAGAUGAAUGGCUGAACUUGGCAAAAUGGUUCAUUAAGCAUAAAGUUUAUUCCCCUAAUAUGCGCUGGAUCAUUCAGGUUCCCAGAAUCUAUGAUAUAUUUAGAUCAAAAAAUAUUCUGCCUAGUUUUGGGAAGAUGUUGGAGAAUAUAUUUGUACCUUUGUUUGAAGCAACAAUCAAUCCCAAAGACCACAAAGAAUUGCACCUUUUCCUGAAAUACGUGACUGGCUUUGACAGUGUUGAUGAUGAAUCCAAACACAGCGGCCACAUGUUCUCUGACAAGAGUCUUAACCCUGACCUCUGGACCAGUGAGAAGAAUCCCCCAUACAGCUACUACUUGUAUUAUAUGUAUGUGAACAUCAUGUUGCUAAACAACCUUAGGAAGGAAAGAGGCAUGUGUACUUUUCUCUUCCGACCUCACUGUGGAGAAGCUGGGUCUAUCACACACCUUGUAUCAGCCUUUCUGACCGCAGACAACAUUUCUCAUGGAUUGCUCUUGAAGAAGAGUCCUGUCCUCCAAUAUCUUUAUUAUCUUGCACAAAUACCCAUUGCUAUGUCUCCACUCAGUAAUAACAGCCUGUUCCUGGAGUACUCAAAAAACCCACUACGGGAAUUUCUACAUAAGGGACUUCAUGUCUCUCUCUCCACAGAUGACCCCAUGCAGUUCCACUAUACAAAGGAAGCUCUCAUGGAAGAAUAUGCUAUUGCAGCCCAGGUGUGGAAACUAAGUACCUGUGACUUGUGUGAAAUAGCAAGAAACAGCGUACUGCAGAGUGGAUUGUCAGAUAAGGAAAAGCAGAAAUUCUUAGGGGUGAAUUACUGUAAAGAAGGGCCCGAGGGAAAUGACAUUCGAAAGACAAAUGUUGCACAGAUCCGGAUGGCCUUCAGGUAUGAGACACUGUGCAAUGAACUUAGCUUCCUGUCUGAUGCUAUGAAAACAGAAGAGAUUUCUACUCUGUCCAAGUAGCUACAAACUCAAACCAGAACAUUUCACUCCUAAGCAGGAUAAAAUGUUAAUUAACAUUGAAUCGUCUUUGAUGCUGCCAAGACAACUGAACAGUAUACAGAAAAAGAGUAUCUAUGGAAGGUAAACAGCAUUUGCUGCUAUCUCUUACUGCAUGAUUCUCAUGCAGUAGAUUUCAGUUUCUACAAACAUAAGGCUUUGUAAGAUUGCUGUAAAUAAAUGCAAACUCAGAAUCAUGUAAUAUUUGUAUCACACUGUCUCAGCUGUGCACUGUAUUGUGGCUUGGAGAAUACUGGUGGUGCAUCUGUGAAACACUCCUGCAGAUGCUGCCUGUACACAUGCACCUGAGUUCGUCCUGCUAGUCUCAGCAACCAUCACAACAGUCAGCAAUUCUAAGUUAAAUCCUCUAUUCAUUAGCAAUUUGUAUGGGGUGCAUACUUUUGAAGCCACCCUUUCUGACACAGUGUUUACCUUCAUGUUUCAGCAGUUACACUGGAAAACAAGAAGAGCUGCAGUCUGGUAGUCUUGUUUAGUCACUAAUUAUUUACUUCCUCUUGUCAUGUAGGAUGUCUGAAGAACAGCAGAUAUAAGCUUUUUAAUCUAGUGAACAGAAAACAUGCUGUCAACAUCUUCACUACUGUACAUUUUCAGAGAUUCUAAUUAUACCAUGAGAAUUUUGCCUUGAAAGUUGAGAGUGCUUUUUUUAUUGAUUUGUAAUGGGAAUAUGUGGACAUGGCACAGUUCAAAUUACUUGGAAAUUUAUGCAGAUAAUUUUGGUUCCAUGUAAAGAGAAUUAUUUUACUUGAACAAAGGAAGUGUUCUUAUGAAUCAGUGGUAUAAACUCCAGACCUGGGUUCUGGUCCUACUUCUGACAUCUUUUUACACAUUUGUUAGUUUGUAUUUUAGUCAGAGUUGAGUGAGAUGUCAAACUGACUAUGUAUACAGAAGCUAGGUCCAAUUGAAAUAUGUCAUUUCGUCACAUUCAGCUUUUUAGUUCUGAGGGUGCGGCUAGUAAAAUACAGCUACUGGAACAUUUAGUACUUUCAAUCUGUUUUCUAUUUGAUAAUUCUUCUUAAGACACAGCACUACUCAUUCAGAAAGGACUAAAGAUAAUACCAAGAUAGCAUCUAUGUAUUAUAGAAGCUGCAUGUAGUUUCACACCAAAAAAGGAUUCAAGGCUAGGGACAGCAGAGGAUGUUGAUGCCUGUAAGCCCAACAUUUCAUUACUUUUGAGUUCAUGGUUAGAGACCUGGAUAUAUAAUAGAAUACCUAAGGAGAUUAGGCAUUUUAGAUCAGUAAUUCAGAAUUAGUUAUAAAAAGCAAACAGUGAAUACUGGCCAGUCAAGCCUCACUAGACCACCAGAUGUCUUGUGCCAUUUGUACUUCUUAGGCCCAGCCUAUCUCCCAGUGGCUGGGCACCUACAUCCUUCCCUUCAAGAGCUGAUCAGUCUCACUUCCCUUGUAAAUGCAGCCAGAUAGAGCAGCGGUGUCAUCACCAGUACCCAACAACUUAUUAAUGGCAUAAUUGUAUAAAGGCUGUGAAGGUAUACACACUCUCCCCAGGCUGUGACAGUUCAUAGCAGUCCCUGUAAGGACACUUUAUUAAGUAGUACCUGCUGUCCUGAAUGGUGAUUGCAAGGAAAUAGCACCAAAUAAAGGAAGAGAAAUUCCCUGUCACCUCUAAUAGCUGUGCAACCCUACGAGAGCCCUGUAGGAGAGAUUAAAUCUAAGGACCCUUAGGAAGCAGUCUAGCAGUAAGGCUGCUCUGAGGGAGACUGAGGUACAAGAGCAGAGUUUGGGCCACCCAGUAAGCAUUACAGUCAAUUGGUGUCACACAGGGAGCUGCAGCAACUGCAGACUUUAAUCCAAAAUAAGGCUGCAGACAGAUGGUGGGAGACUUGACUUCAGCUCUCCAGGGACCUAGCCUAGUGUCUGCGGUGUUCUACUACUGCCAGAUUUUGUAUUCCUUGUGUAGUUAAAAACCAUGUGAAACGGUGCUGUGCUGCUCAGCUCUGUGUCCAAAGUUCUUAGUCAACAAUACCUACUGGCCUCACUGUUACAAACUUUAGCAGCUCCUAUAACGUAUUAGCAGAAUCAGCAAGUGUGAUUUUCUUAGGAUGAAGUCUGGAAACAGUGGUCCAAGCAUUUUAGCUGCAUAAAAUGUGGACAUCGUGUUGUCAUUAGUACAACUUAAUAAAUUAUCAAUGUAUUUACCUGAGAAGUGUCCACAUCCAGGUUAAAUAACCUGGAUGAAGAAUUUAAACUAAGUACUUCCAUGUGAUAAACACUGUUUUACUUGUGUCAUUUCACCUGAAGAUUGCUAUUACUGUUGCUUUUGUUGUCACUUAAGGUUUCUUACUUUGUUUUCUUAAUAUUAUACAAAAUUUAUGUAUGUUUAAUGCCUUUUUAGCUUUCCUUACCUCAAAUACGUCAGGUUCUAUUUUGUCUGUAGCUCUUAUUAAAGAAAGAAACAAAACUGGAUUUGAGUAUUCAGUUGAUGGACAGUUGAUUUUGACAAUCACGAUCACAAGUUCUGCUUUCUGUGCCUUCCCUGUGCUGCUUCUAAGGAUAAAUCAAAUGAAUAGUGUUAUAUUUAGGGAAAGCAACAUCCUUUCAAGCUUCCGCUACUACAUCUGGUUUGGUCAUCUUUUAAUUAGGCAAAAGUUAUUGAUUCUCAAGUUCUGUUCUUAUACUUCAGCUUCUUUAUUACAGUUGCACUUUUGUUCUAACACAUGGCUGUUCAAAUAACUUGCAGUCUUAGCACUGGGUCUGUCCUUUGUUAUACCCUAAAGUGUUACUGAUACCUGAAUUACUCUUGUAUAUAUUAACUCCAAUGCAAUACAAUGUGGUUGCUGAUUUCCUGCCCCUGCACCCCCAACAGGGCUGGGUUCAGAUCUGGUUACAUCACAGUUUAGAAAAUCCAUGUAGCUGGUAACUGGGGCGAAUGCUGCUUCAGAGAGGGAGAAUAUCCUAUUUUCUCAUAAUCUCACUGGGGUUAAGGUUCAAACAUUAUUGUUUGAAUAAUGUUAAAUCUGACAGCUCAGAGCAUUUUACACUUUCACCUAAAAUGGUUAAUUAUGGUUAUUUGAUUGCUACAACUGAACAAUUUCUAGUGAUGCUCUUCCACUUUUUUAUUUAGCAAAUCUAGACUUAUUUGCUCUGCCAUGGGAUAAUACAAUUUUUUUCCCUCACCCCUUACCUUACUUUCUUGUAUCACUGUUCUUUACUUGAAGCUAAACCCUUUCUAUUUGCUUAGCUACCAUCUAAUUCUGAAAAAGGUGGGUGCAGGGAAGGAUGUCUGUAAAUUGUUUUUUUCUUCUGUGCCUGAGUUACAGCAUGUUUAUCUUUUGCCUCUUGUGGAAGCAGUAAUCAUUAUACUAAUAAAUACUCAAUAAAAAUACAGUUAGGGGG